AUGUCGGCAUCGGCUGCAAGUGUCAGUGUUCAAACGUUCAAGUUUCAUGAAGCAGUUUGUAAUUCGACUGGGACGGCCAAUAACCUGGAUGUAUUCCCCAAUGGCGCAGUUGGUCUGAGUACCGAAGUCGUCACGCAAUGGUUCCUAGUGUACAUUCCUGAGCGUGGGAGCUACCGUAUCUGGCAGCAUACCACCACCAACGUCCUGGACGCCACUCGGGCGACAGGAGGAAACACCUCAGUUUGGCCUGACCAUGGCGCCGACUGGCAACAUGACUCCAGGCUAGGCUCGAAUCGCGUUACGGGCUACACCUUGACACCGCUCUCACAACCUCAACAUGUACUGACGAUGGCGAGCCCCUUCGGUGACAGCCGUGGCAACCCUGCAACACCUGCUCAGCUCAGAGAGGCUCCACGUGCCAGAACACGCGCAUGGGUACUUUCUUCAGAGGAUCCUACCGAAGAAGGGCAGCCUUGGCAGUUUGGGGAGGAGUUCGAUUUCGAAUCAUCUUAUUGCGAGGAGGUUCAAGCGCAGAUAGCACAAGCUGAAGAACAGAUUGCAGGAGGGGAGUGA